UGAUGUCAGGUUGUUGUGACGCAACCGGAUGGAAAUAUGUGUCCCCCAUGUACAUGAAUGUACCAUUUUCAGUUGUUGCCAGACAACCGGGGAUAUGUUGUGUUGCCGGAAGGGCGGUGAAGUGUCAAAUCCCGUUCAAAUUGAGAUCCCUUUCAAGCAGAGAUUUACUUCCUGGUGUGAGAAAAUAAUAAAACACAAUCUGUUAGGAUUGUACAUGUGCGUCGGUGAAGAUGGCGUCGUGCUAUGAUCUGAUGGUUACACUCUGUACCGUGAUGUCACUAACAGGAACCCUACAGUUAACUCCAUCUAAGGAGGGGAAAUCUUGGUAUGAAGCCAAAGAUGCAUGCGCCAAAAACGGAAGUAACCUUGCCACCACUAACGAGAGUAACACAAAUGGAGACGAACUGUCAACUAAUGCCAGUGUCAGCAGUGUGUGGACCCGCAAACGAACUUUCUUGUCUGGUUGGGUGGCUAAUCAAGGAUGUCAUACAGGUAAUCUUACAGACAUUCAAGGGAAGAACGUCACUUCACCAAAAGUAGGACGAUGUCAACUGCACUGUCAAGCAAAGGGGAUCGAGUUCUUUACUUUACAGGAUCCGGUGUGCAGGUGUCUAGACAUCUCUGCAGUUACACUACUGAAUAGGACGCUCGACUCCAAGUGUAACGUAACGUGUGGGGAGGGGCAGGAGAGCGGGACCAAGUGCGGAGGAAAACAAGAACACGUGGUGUCGCUCUAUAGAAUCUUAGGUUUUGAACGACACGACAAACAACAAAUCAUAUGUGAAAACAAGCCCGGAAACGUCACUUGUCCCACUCAUACCGUUAUCCGCAUUAAAGAUGCAAAUUAUGGUUUCACAAAAGAGACAGAAAAUUGUGAUACAAAUAAGAUUUUUCCUCCGAAAAAAAACUGCAGGCACGCUAACUCCACUGCAAUAAUGCGGCAGCUCUGUAACAGGAAACAAACUUGCACAGUUACGCCAUCAAACCGUUUUUUUGGAAGCGAUCCCUGUUCUUGGACAACCAAACUCCUAAACAUAUCUUACACAUGUGUACCAAAAGGUUCUGAAGAAGACCUGUGUCGGGUUUUCAAAGUCGAUUCAAGUUCACAGACGGUGAAUCUGCAGUCAGUACCUUGUGAUUCCAAAGUCAAUUUAACAGCUUGCACAACUUAUAACGAAACCGAACAGAAAGACAGUAUUGAGGUAUUCACACACACAGGAGCAUGGAGUUACGCCGUCAAUACACUGUGCAGUGAGGGAUAUAUACCACCGACUGACAACAUAACCAAAAUGAAAUUGCUGCAGACUAAUCAAACGAACGCUUCGAUAUGGAGUGGCUACAUCAGACAAAGAGUUGACGUUGAUGAUAUAGAUCGUAAUUUGAAUGGAAGUAAGUUUGUACAGUGCUAUGCAUUGGAGCGUGACACACUUGUCAGGUCGGACUGUACUGAACAGCGACAGUAUAUCUGCCAGAAAGAAAUGGUCGCUGACGAAACUACAACAGGACCAAUCCUCACCACGGACAAUACUCCGAGUGGAAACGGAAUUCCAUCACCAAGUGACGCUGUAAUGACAGUGGGUAAUACAGUGCCGACCACGACCCCAACAACUGCCACUACUUCCAGUGGAAAAGAACGUGUCACACUUCCUAGACCGCGUUCCAGCUCACGAGAGGACUCAAAAGUUAUUGGACUUGCCGCAGGAAUCACCGUUGGGUGUAUCGCACUGGUAGCGGUCACGGCUGUCGUUGUAGACAGACUAUCUAAACGAUCUGCUAAGAAGAAAAAACAAAGAAAGAAGAAGACGAAAGAGAAACCCGUGCAAUUUAAAGGAAGUGUUAUAAACGCUCAAAAUGCUAUGAAUAGUAUCAAAUCCGACACUUCAUCGGACGAAUCGGAAAGCGAAUCCAAAAUGGCUGCUAGAACAUCGUCACCUGGAGAAGCGGGAGCCAAACAAUUGCCGUCUGUCUCAUACAACUACGACAUUGUUAACGAAAUAGGAACUGAAAAAGGACACGUAAAUGAUGCUUACGCGUACGCGGCAACCGAUCCAGCUGGUUCCGAGGAAGGAGAUUAUGAUGCCAUGGAGUUAUGUAUUAUGGAGGAUGACGAGGAUCAUAUUUAUGCUCAUACCAUGCUACCACUGCCCGACACGGAAACUGAUGCAACAGACGUUGUUCCUAAGCAACCAGACGACGAAGCUUAUGAUGUCAUGCAAUCCAAAGUCAAGGUCCCAGGAAAUGACUCCGCAUAUGACUAUACGGCUAGUUUUAGCCAAAAAAACGGCACAAAAGCCGACGGUGGCUAUGACGUGUUUAAUAGGAAGGUCAAGGACGGUGUAGAAGAUACAUAUGAUCAUACACAGAGUGUUCUCGACAAAAAUGGAGACGUAAACAAUACAAUGUACGAUGCCUUUACUGGAAAGGUCGAAAGUAAUGAGGAAAUCAGCAAUGACAUGUAUGAUCACACCAAACACAUGCACAAAGGUCAGGAGGCACAUACAGGCGAUGUGUCUACCAAUAACAUUUACGAUACAUGUAAUGACAAGGCCAAAGUAGUCGAUGACGUUGAUGAUAUGUACGACCACACAACACAUGUCCGAGAAAACCAGGACGAAAAUUUGUAUGAUCUCGCAUCUAAACGCAAAAUCAACCCAUCAGUCGACAAAAAUCACUACGAUCAGAUGUGACGCUCACACAUGCGCAUUGAAUAAAACACGCAUUUGUGAGUGCCGAAGAGUCGUAAUUGUUCUACGUUAUAUAUAUGUUUAAAAUUUAUUCCCGAUGAUUUUAAAAAAAGAAAAUUUCAAAGACAUCAAAUGUUAUAUGUUUUCAUAAGUAUCAAAGAAGGUUUGAAUUUUGUUCAUUACAAUCAAGGUAAUCCUAUUUACAAAACAAUGUUAAGAAUAAUAAUUAUUUAAAAAAUAGUCUUGCACUUUAAAUGGACUCAGGAAAUCAUUUAAUCCAACAAGUUAAAUCUUUUCUGCUAAUUAUACAGUUAGUUUGAUUAACUUAUUAAUUUAGUAACAAGUGUAAUAACCGUUCGUGUGGAUUUUGUUUACAAAAAACCCAUUUUUAUGGACAUGUAACCCAAUGUACUUUGUACAUAUAAUAUAUAUACACGUAUAUGCACGUAGCCUACUUACGUACUGUGUUGUACAGUCAACAUUGUCAUGUAUUGUUAUGUUAUGUAAAUAUCUGACACUGACCUGGACUUUGGACAGUACGCAAUCCGACAAAUUACAUAAAUAGCUUGAUUGACCGGAAACACAUAUUGCACGCUUCAAUUUCCCGCCUGUCCUUCCUUACUAACGUUCUGUUAAGCUGAAAACCCCGAUAUGUGAUUCAGUAUGUGUCUGGCUCGCGAGGGCGACACAUCCCCUAUUGAGCUAUUAUAACUCUAGAUGAGAUUCUUACACCUCCUUACAGAGAUCAGAGAGUAAUAGAAGGGAACACCGGAUAGUCUGGUAAGCAGAGUGUGCGAGUGCGUGUUCUACUUUCGGUUUCCAUGUAUAUUGUCCGCGUUAUAGUCUGUUUUAUUGUUCAGGGUAUAGGAGUGUGGUUGUAUGUUUACAGGUUUUUCUUACAAGUGCGGAAUAAAGAACCAAACAUGACACGUUUUAUCGUUAAUUGAUAACGACCAUGUGUGACACAUACAUUAACAGUAUGUUGCUCUCGCACAGUCAAUACGUAAAUGCGAUUACAGCAAUAACGUUGUUUGCAUAUAACAUGUAUUUAAUAAUUUUAUAUUCAAAAUAUCAAGAACGUACGCUAUUGCUUGAAAGUCAAAAAUUUGUCUGGAAACUAUUUUACUGUAAAAUUAAUAUUCCUUAAUUUUAAUUGACGAAUUGGAAAUCCGAUUGCCAAUGUGGUCUCUACUUGCAUAACCCGUAUGAGUGAAUACGGCUCAAUUAUAAAUUUGCGUGAUACCUGAAAACAUUGUAGUGGAUUUAGGCUUUAACGCAAUUGUUUUGAUAGUUCAAAAUAUGUUAAGUUAAUGAAUGCCAUCUGAGAACUGUUUCAUGGUAACAAUAAAAAAAAACCAUUUGUUAUAGAUAGGCAAACAAUUCCACUUGUUACAUAUUUAGUCAAUUAUUUUAUAGCAGUUUUGUUUUCGUAUAACUAUGCCAAGGUGUUCAUAGUCCUAUGGCUGCUCAAUACGUUUGUUAUUGUUCCAUAGUUGCACUGCCAUGCUCUUGUAAAUAGUGUUAUAAAUUGAUAAAGAGGUGAAGCUUUAUUUAACAUCAACAAGUAUGAAAAUAAUAUUAGCAAACAUCCACACACAUAUAUAUUACAGAUAUAAGUUGUGCUAUGAUAAAGGCAGUGUUGGCCGAGUCAUAGUUGACUCGAGUAAACAUUAUAACUUUUCGUGUAUAAAGCCAGGUCAGCCUUGCUCUGUGACAACAACGUAUUAUCAGAAAAUAUAAACAGGUAAGCUGUAGGUAAUUAAAAUGCCGUUGUCAAUAUUAGAUGAUGUUAUGCAUAAUAAUAUUUCAACAUCUGUUGUAAUUAUAUGUGAAAUAUGAUACUGUGUUCUACUUGCUAAUAUAUAGCACUGAUAAACCUCUAUUUAAGAGGACAGACAGUUCCAGCUAAAAUGCAGCUGCUUGUCAUUUGAACUGUAGUGUCUUCUUUUACAUGUAGGAGUAGAAGUGUUUUCGUUUUUGUUUUACUUGUUUGUAUUUUAUUCACUACUCAUAUUUGAAAUAUUUCAGUUUUACUUUUCCGUUAUCGCCAUCAAAGGACACUUUUGAACAUUGGCAUAAUGGAAGUUAAAUCAUAUAGUUAGAAAGAUAAUCUGUAUUUCGCAGAGAGAGAUUAUGGUAUUUUUUGAUAUUUCAGAUAUAUAUUAUUUUCAUUUUUAUAUAUGUAUAUUUUUUUGAAACUUGUCUGAAUCAAACACUGUAGGAUCCAAUGGUUCCGUCUUGAAUGUGCAAUCAGAAUUGUUUACUCUGCUUUCAAAAUUAUACAAUGCCCAGUAAGACUUGUCUAAUCUUGAAUGUUCAAACUCCUAUCGGAAAAUGGUUGGAAUCUAAAUAUUUUAAUGUUAUGUUCUCAAAGGUUCAUGCAAACACAGUGAUGUUUGUAUUUAUUUGCAUAUGUAUGUAAUUUUAUAUACCCUGGAAUGUAAUACUGAUGUCAUAAAUGAUAUUAUUAAAUAUAUAUACUAUUUGUAUUACAAGUGUAUUUAUUAUAGUUUUUCUAAUGUUUACGAUUACAACGAUUGACAAUUAUUGUUUCUUUUAUUUUCUGUAUAAAGAAGAUUGCACACACGUGAUAGGUAUAUAUAAAAAACAAUCAACGUUUAUAAAUGACAUUUGAAAAGUACACAUCUAUCGAAAAAUUAAUGUACAUAAAUAUUUUAUAUGAAUAAGAAGAGCUAUAUUGUAAUUGACAUCGAGUGCUAUAUAGCACUAUCAUUUGUCUCUUACUUUUGCAUAUUUGUCACAGUGUAAAAUAUUAAGCUUAACGAAUCAAUGUGUAAAUUUCCACAGAAAUGACACCAUUCCAUUAGUUUCGACAUACGAAACAUUACACCUACUCUUUAAAUUCAGUGUAUAGAUUUGGAUACUGCGGAUACUUAACAAUUAAUUCCCAUAAGUAAUGCGACUCGAGCUUAUGUAACUAAUAAAAUGGACUGUAAAAUUGAAAGAAUAACUAUCAUAAACUUAAUUCAUUUAACAAAAAAUAUGAAACAAGUUAUAUUGACUUUAACUUAUCACUCUUGUAAGCCAGAAUGUUAGCGUGAAUGAAAUCUUUAUGUGAGAGGAAACCGGAGUGCCAGAAGAAAACACACAUUUUCACGUCCGAUCGGGGAAUCGAACCCCGGCCGCUUUGGUGAAAGGCGAAGGCGUUAUCCACUACAGCGCCCAAACACCCUUUACAGAAACCAUAUGAAAAAAAAAUGUUUUGCUCAUUAUCAUAGCUUCUAAAGGAGAAAAACUCAAACGUACAUGAAAAAUUAUCCGUCUGUUGAAAUAUCAUUUCAGAUUUUAACAGCCUAUACACAUUAACGUUAAAUACGUACUUGGUAGAUCAGUUUUAUAUAUUGACGUAGGGAUUCCUACUGUUGGCCGUCAGACACGUGCAUGGUAAGUCAAGCAAUGGGAGCGUCAUGUACAAACACGUCUCUAUGUGAGUCAGUUCUUUACGGAAUCAAAUAAAAUGUCAUUACGAA